AUUAAAUUUUUAGUGCAUAUUUUGUAGCAUAUUACAGCAUUUUUAGAAGCAUAUUUUGAGGAUUUUUUGUGCACAUAAAUCCGGUCCUCGGACUAAUAACAUAAACCGUCAACCAUCAAACGGGCGUAAAAUUGGUGAUAACGAGACAAAAACCACAUGAAAACGAAGAUUUAGUCAAAUUGUAAACGUUAUCAUAAAGCAGUCUUGAAUUUUUCUUAAAUUCGCCCAACAACACCCUUGCUAUCAGUGUUUCAAAAUUUCAUAUAUGUUUGUUGAGACGACAGCGGUGAUCUCGACGAAAACUAUAUUAACUCCAAAACACAAUAUUCAACAAUUUACAAAGCCAACUCUCCUCCUCCCACCAAAUCGCCGUCCACAGUAUACGCAUGUUCUACAUAUAUACAUAUUAUCCGCGUAAGCGUAUAAAAAUCAUUAUCGGUUUUUUCAUCUAUCGUUAUCUGCUUUGUGACUUGUGUACCCAACUCGCGUAUCUCUCUCGUCCCGAAAUUACGUCACGGCGCGCUGGCUCGGUUCCGUGGUAUUGAUGGGUCGUACGGAUGACGUACGCUCUCGCACACACCCACAGCGGCGGUCGGGCGCGCCACGGGACGCGCGAAGCGUGACGGCGCGAAUGUGCGGGAGAUGGCGGGUGGGAGACUGCGCACUGCAGAACGGAGAUCGCGUAGUACCAGCUGCAGCGGCGGGGAGAGAUCGCGAUCUGCCGGCGUGUCCCCCCGCCGUCACCCCCGGUGUGCGGAGGAGAGGGAGCUCAGUCAACGGCGGCCGAUACUCGGACGACGGGCGGUUAAGGGUGGCGGCGGCUGAGAGGGGGCUCAGGGGAUGCAGGUCGUCGACUCGGCUUGCACACGCGCGCGCACGCAAUCGCACCGCCGCCUCCGUAAACGCGCGCGCGGCCGAGUCCAGUAUUGUCGUGUAGUACGCGUACUACGCACUGCCGCCGCACGGUCAGACGUCGAGCGCUGUCCAUCCGCCCCGACCGCGAGGAAUCGUCAGCGAUCCUCGGCCAUGUCGUCAGCAGCCGCGUCAGCUGCCACGGGCGACGGCGACGAGCACCAGCGGUUGCCGUUGCCCGCCGACCCGGAAUGGUUGUCGGGCGUCAUCAGCCGUCUGAUCGGUCGGCCGCGGGACGCGGUCACGGUGAUAGCUGACCGGACCAUCGCCACGCCCGCGGUGUCCGACCCGCACAACGUGCUCAGCUCCAUAGUGGCCGUGCACAUCGUGUACGCGGUGGACGGCGUCGAGGGCACCGACUCGCUGGACGUGGUCAUCAAGAGCCUGCCACAAGAGCCCUACUCCCGGGCGUUCGUGCUCGAGGCCCAGUUCGACUACAGAGAAGUUCACUUUUACAACACGGUAUUAUUUGAGUUAAGAAAUCUAGAAGAAAAUGUACUAACAAAACACAGUCGUUCUACGAUUGGUGACAUGCCAGUAGCCCAGUGUUACUUUGCUGGUAUGAGUGCCAGUGGUAAAGAUGAAUCAAUGUUAGUCUUGGAAAACUUAUCCAAACGCGGCUACACAGCAGCCAACUUCUCCACUGGGCUGACAUACACAGAAGCCAAACUUGCUCUCCGUUCUAUAGCUCGAAUCCACGCCACGUCUCUUGCUUUAAAACUUAAGCACGGGCCUCUCACUGAACGUUGGCCGUUCUUAUUUCAAACAUCUCGUGCUACACUAUCUUAUCAAGCACUCGUCGAACGGGGAAUGCCACAAUUGCACGUUUUUCUACGAUCUAAGGGGCCACAAUAUGACACUUUAAUAAAUACACUUAGAUCUCUAUGUCGUGUAACUAAACAAAUAAUCGGAUCGCUUAUGAUACCUAAAGAACCAAUGGGGUUGAUGACGCACACUGACUUUUGGUGCAACAAUCUAAUGUUUGGAGAAAAGGACCAAUGUGUAAUACUAGACUGGCAAAUGAUAUCCUAUAGUAGACCAACUAAUGAUGUCGCACUUUUGCUUGUAAGUAGUUUGUCCACAGAAACUAGACGAAACCAUUCAAAUGAGUUGGUAGACAUCUACUGGGAAGCAUUAACAACGCAUGCGAGUAAAUUGAGUGUAGAUAUAGAAGGACAACUUGAAUACAGUCGAUAUGAUCUGGACGAAGACAUGAAAGAAUCGAAGUUAUUAGCAGUACUAUUGUGUAUAGGUUCAGUAGACGUUGCUUUAGGCAAUGAAGAAACUGAACAAAGAUUAUUAGACCUGUUGACAGAUCUACAAGCUGAGGAAAUCUUCAACAGACAUUUAACUGAAAUUUCAGCAUAGUAUUUAUUUAAUUUUAUCUAUGUUUGUAAUGUAUUACUCUUUUCUCAAGUAAUAACUUUAGAGCUUUCACACUAUAUAAUAAAUAGAAAAAUAUAAUUGUUAAUUAUAAAGGUUUUAUUUCACUUUUACUUAUUAGUUCUGCAAAUUCAAAUGUUACUUGAGGUUAAGGUACUUUUUUUAAGUGUUAAAAAUUAAUAAA